UUUACAGCUUCCAAAAGACACAUAUAAAUAGCUUCGAGUUGCGUAAGUACGACAUAUGAAAGUUGACACACAUGGAGAAACAGAGCAACACUUCUUCUUCUUUAAUGUCAUCUUUAAGUCCUCAGUCUUCUUCUUGGGUUCGUGGUACUUGUAUUGGACGAGGUUGUUUCGGUUCAGUGAGCACGGCGAUCAGCAAAACUAACGGUGAAGUUUUCGCGGUGAAGUCCGUGGAUCUCGCCACGUGCCUUCCCACUCAAUCAGAGUCCCUCGAGAACGAAAUCUCCGUCCUCCGCUCGCUCAAGCCUCACCCGAACAUCGUGAGGCUACUCGGCGACGGUCACUCAAAAGAAGGAACGACGUCGUUUCGUAACCUCUACUUAGAGUAUCUUCCAGAAGGUGACGUGGCUAAUAACGCCGGAGGAGGGAUCAAAGACGAGACUCUGCUCCAGCGUUACACGGCGUGUCUUGUCUCUGCUCUCCGCCACGUCCACUCGCAAGGAUUCGUUCACUGCGACGUCAAGGCGAGGAACGUCCUCGUCAGCCGGAGCUCCGUGAUCAAGCUGGCGGAUUUCGGGUCAGCGAUCAGAAUCAACAAACCGACGGCUCAGAUCACGCCACGUGGAAGCCCGCUUUGGAUGGCUCCGGAGGUGAUCAGACGAGAGUGCCAAGGUCCAGAGAGCGACGUCUGGUCUCUCGGCUGCACGAUCAUCGAGAUGUUCACCGGGAAACCCGCUUGGGAAGACCACGGGAUUGACUCGUUGAGUCGAAUCGGAUUCCCCGGCGAGUUACCCGUUUUCCCAGUUACGCUGUCGGAGAUGGGUCGUGACUUCAUAGAAAAGUGUCUGAAGCGAGACCCGCAUCAGAGGUGGAGUUGCGAUCAGCUUUUGCAGCAUCCUUAUCUGUUUCAGUGUCACAACUCAUCACCCACUGAGUCAUCUCCGCGUUGCGUUCUUGACUGGGGCAACUCGGGGUUUGACUUAGAAGAAGAAGAGGAAGUAGGGAGGGGCGGCGAAUGGAGAUCAGAACUCAUAAACGCGGCGAUGGCAAGGGUUUGUAAUUUGGUGACGACCGGAGGGGCAAUUUGGGAAUCGGAUGGUUGGGUGGAAGUUAGAAGCCACGCUUCGGUGAAGGAAGGGACAACGAUGGAAUAUUCGGGAUCAACAAGGGUAGAAUCGGAAUACAACUCAUCAUCGUAUCCGUACGAUGACGUGGCUGAUGACUCUACGAUAAUUAACUCGAACUUUUGUCUUUAUAUCUGCCUGAAGUUUUGUUUGUUUGCACAUGUGAUUCGAAACGGACAAAACUAUCUUUUUUACGCGGUGAGAUGAGAUUGAGUGUCCUACUUCGGAACCUUUGCCUCAUA